GAUUUUUUGACAUUUUUUUGUAUUUACCUUAUUUUUACGCACAGUGAAACCAUAUUAUAUUAAAUACAUUUAAAAGUCGGAAUGGCACAGAACUUGGAAGAUCUGUACAGGUGGAUCGACGAGCAUCAGAUAACGAGACACAAGAAAAAUUUAAACCGGGAUUUUUCCGAUGCUGUUCCCCUGGCUGAGAUACUAAAGAAACAUUACCCUAAAAUAGUGGAUAUGCAUAAUUACGCACCCAAAAAUUCCUUGGCUUUGAAGAUAGCCAAUUGGGAGAUCCUAAACAGAAAGGUACUGAAUAAAAUAAAGAUUAACUUAUCCCAGAAAGAUCAAGUGGAGUUGGCUAAAUGUAUACCGGGUGCGAUAGAGAAGUUGUUAUUGAGAAUCAAAACAAAAGUUGAGAAAAAAUCUGAAGAAAAUAAAAUUGAGCCUGUUAAUGAAAGAGUUUACUUUUUGGAAGGCAUAUCGAAUCAAGAAAGACACGAGGAGGUGGUACCUAUCAAAAUAAGGGCCGGCUCGAAAACGCUAGACCAAAAAAUGGUACCGGUCAAUAUAUUCGAUAGAAUGGAGCAAGAUAUUGCCAGCAAGAACGAGAAAAUAGCCAUGCUUCAAGAUAAACUAGAACAUUUGGAGAAAAUGGUGGCCAUCAAGGAUGAAAGAAUUAAGGAUUUAAGUCAGCAAUUGCAAGCGGUUGGUAGCGGAACUGGAGAUACGUCUGCUACACCGAGAGCGAGAUUUUUUAAUAAAAUAUUUUAGUAUACUGAGAUCAUAUUUUAAUAAAUCAUUUUACCAAA